AUGGCCUGCGCUAUUCUCGAUGGACAGUUUUGCCGUUCCUGCCUAGCGGCGUACCUCCACAUCUUCGUCCGCAUUCACACUGGGGCUCUCCAAGAAACUUCCCCGUACCGUAAUGGCAGCGUGCCAUCCCCCGGGGUGCAGCAAGCAAGCGCAGGCGGAUUGGUGGCCACCUGGUGCGAGCUCAAACAGGGGAUGUACAUUACCGAGAUUCUACUACCACAACAACUACUACGAGCACACCACCUUCAAGCACUGAUUCUACUACUACAACAACAACUAGUACGCCACCUUCUUCAAGUACAGAUUCUACUACCACAACAACAACGGAUACUAGUACUCCAUCAUCAAGCACAGAUUCUACUACAACUACAACAACAACGGAUACUAGUACACCAUCAUCAACUACAGACUCUACCACAACAACAACAACAAGUACACCACCUUCGAGUACAGACUCUACAACAACAACAACGGAUACUAGUACUCCAUCAUCAAGCACAGAUUCUACUACAACAACAACAACAACAACAACAACGGAUACCAGUACAUCACCUUCAAGCACAGAUUCUACCACUACAACAACAACAAAUACACCACCUUCAAGUACAGAUUCUACAACAACAACAGCAACGGAUACUAGUACUCCAACAUCAAGCACAGAUUCUACUACAACUACAACAACAACGGAUACUAGUACACCAUCAUCAACUACAGACUCUACCACAACAACAACAACAAGUACACCACCUUCGAGUACAGACUCUACAACAACAACAACGGAUACUAGUACUCCAUCAUCAAGCACAGAUUCUACAACAACAACAACAACAACAACAACAACAACGGAUACCAGUACAUCACCUUCAAGCACAGAUUCUACCACUACAACAACAACAAAUACACCACCUUCAAGUACAGAUUCUACAACAACAACAGCAACGGAUACUAGUACUCCAUCAUCAAGCACAGAUUCUACUACAACAACAACAACAACGGAUACUAGUACACCAUCAUCAACUACAGACUCUACCACAACAACAACAACAAGUACACCACCUUCGAGUACAGACUCUACAACAACAACAACGGAUACUAGUACUCCAUCAUCAAGCACAGAUUCUACUACAACAACAACAACAACAACAACAACGGAUACCAGUACAUCACCUUCAAGCACAGAUUCUACCACUACAACAACAACAAAUACACCACCUUCAAGCACAGAUUCUACAACAACAACAGCAACGGAUACUAGUACUCCAUCAUCAAGCACAGAUUCUACUACAACUACAACAACAACGGAUACUAGUACACCAUCAUCAACUACAGACUCUACCACAACAACAACAACAAGUACACCACCUUCGAGUACAGACUCUACAACAACAACAACAACGGAUACUAGUACUCCAUCAUCAAGCACAGAUUCUACUACAACAACAAUAUCAACAACAACAACAGAUACCAGUACAUCACCUUCAAGCACAGAUUCUACCACUACAACAACAACAAAUACACCACCUUCAAGCACAGAUUCUACAACAACAACAGCAACGGAUACUAGUACUCCAUCAUCAAGCACAGAUUCUACUACAACAACAACAACAACGGAUACUAGUACACCAUUAUCAAGCACAGAUUCUACCACAACAACAACAACAAGUACACCACCUUCGAGUACAGACUCUACAACAACAACAACGGAUACUAGUACUCCAUCAUCAAGCACAGAUUCUACUACAACAACAACAACAACAACAACAACAACAACAACGGAUACCAGUACAUCACCUUCAAGCACAGAUUUCACCACUACAACAACAACAAAUACACCACCUUCAAGCACAGAUUCUACAACAACAACAACAACAACGGAUACUAGUACUCCAUCAUCAAGCACAGAUUCUACUACAACAACAACAACAACAACAACAACAACGGAUACCAGUACAUCACCUUCAAGCACAGAUUCUACCACUACAACAACAACAAAUACACCACCUUCAAGCACAGAUUCUACAACAACAACAACAACAACAACAACGGAUACUAGUACUCCAUCAUCAAGCACAGAUUCUACUACAACAACAUCAACAACAACAACAGAUACUAGUACACCACCUUCAAGCACAGAUUCUACCACUACAACAACAACAAAUACACCACCUUCAAGUACAGACUCUACAACAACAACAGCAACGAAUACUAGUACUCCAUCAUCAAGCACAGAUUCUACUACAACAACAUCAUCACCAACGGUUCCUACGACAACACAAGCAGUUACGGAAUCCAGCACAAUACCUCCUACUACAACGGAUUUCACAACUCCCCAAAUUAGUACAGAAUCUACAACAACGUUGGAAACUAGUUCACCAUCACCAAGUCCAGAGUCUAGCUCAACACCCGUCAUACCAUCUUCAAGCACAGAUAGUACAACAACAACAGAUACCACAACAACAACAACAACAACAACAACAGAAACUUCGACAGACACAGAUACUACGACAACAACGGCACCUACAACAACAAUCGAUACUACGACAACAACAACUGAAACUACGACCAGCACAGAUACUACGACAACAACGGCACCUACACCAACAGCAGAAACUACGACAACAGUUACGGAAUCUACGAGCAGCACAGAUACUACGACAACAACGGCACCUUCAACAACAGAUUCUACUACAACAACAACAACAGAAACUUCAACAAGCACAGAUACUACGACAACAAUGGCACCUCCAACAACAACAGAAACUACGACAAGCACAGAUACUACUACAGUAACGGCACCUACGACAACAACAGAUACUACGACAACAACAACGGAAACUUCGACAAGCACAGAUACUACUACUACAACGGCACCCACAACAACUACAGAAACUACUACAACAACACCAGCACCAACGACAUUCACAGAUACUACAACAACAAC